CUGAAAUUUAAAGCAAGUCAAAAUAAUCGCUGCAAUAAUUCGAUUACUAAAUAUUUCUUCAACAUAGAAGAAGCUCUUCCUCCUAGUGUUCCUUUGGCUGCUACCUUUUACCGUUACCGACAUGGCAAACAGACAUGAUGUUCACUCCCUAAUUUCAUCCACUGAAGGUGAACAAACUCUGGUUUGGAACUCAGACAACUUGGAGCAUAAUUUUUCUGAUUGGGAAAUGGAAAUACUGAACGACAUUUGUUCCCUCCACUUGAGAGCGCUGCAGCAGCCAUCGCAUUUACUUUUUGAAGAACUCGUGCUUGUUCUAACUCCUAUUUUUCUUGACUCUGCAGUCUGGGCAGAUCUUAAUGUUAAAGAAGAUAUGACACCUACAACUGUAGACAUUCUAUUCUCUGAAAUUAUAAGCAUCAUCGACUGUAUUUCUCCUACCAAAUACGGACAACACAACAACGUCGACUUUGUCGACUACUUCAACAGGAUGGAGGCCUCCGUUCGAGGGAUGGUCUGUGAAAUUGAAGACUCCAUAUCCCUGAAGCGAACAGGCCUAAAUCGUGAAUCUAGACUCAGUGAAAUUAUCCGGAGUCUUUUCUCGAUGUACGAUAACGUCGUCAAGGCUGGAGUCAUCCUCGGCAACACUCACCACGAACUGUGGUCCCCGCUUCUGGACAAACGCUCCCUGCAGGAUAUACUCCCACAAUCUGAAGAAGACAAAGCUUGUCCCGUGUGUUUGGAUAUCAACAUUACAGAAGAAGAGAAUUUCGUCAUGUUUUCCAGCUGCAAGCAUCUCUUCUGCCACUCAUGCAUAGUGCGGUGGAUGGAAAACAAUUCGUCUUGCCCNAAUCAAUGGGUAUCGAAAAUCAAGAAUAAUAUCCGUAUAAUAUGA